AUGGCUGGGGUUCGUUCGUUUUUCGAGAACGAGUGGAUCUUCCCGGCUUCGCACGGGCCUGGCAAGUCUGGGACCCCUCCGACCCUGGCAGCUGAGCUGUCGCUUUAUUGGGAGGAGGGAGGUGCACGGUUGCACUGCCCUUUUUCCAAGUCGCAGAAGUACUCUUGUCCUCCAUGUUGCACAGCGACCAGGCUGGGGUGCUGGCGCUUACAGGAUGACCUGGAUGGGGUGGUGGUGGGUGGUGGGUGUGGGUGCCAGGUUCGUGAUCAAAAGCCCCCUUGGCCACUUGUCCUGCUGGUGGUGGACGAGCGAUGA